AUGGCCCCAUCAAUUGCUAAUGGUAACGGAGUCAUCACCAGCUCAAAUGGUGAUCGUUAUAGUAACGUAAAUGGUCGAUUGGGCACGGAAAAAUCACCUUUGGAGAACCUUCUUAUCAGAGAUGAAGAUAUAUUUCAGACCUCGUUGAACUCGGAUGAUUACCUUGAAAGUAUUGCUCCCAUAGUCAAGGAUGCGUUGAAGUCCAACGGAUUGUCGGACCUCAUUGUCAAGCUCAACGAUAUUGUGAAGAGCAAGGAUGAGGCGUUGGCGGAGUUGUCGUUGAGUUCUGCUCAAGAUAUGAACUCGUGUAUUGACUCUAUCGACAGAAUUCACGAUGAUUCCACCGAAUUGAACAGAAGUUUGCAGCAGGUAAGUCUGUUUCUCAACAAGUCUGUCUAUGAGUUAGUGUCGAGAAAGAAGUCUUUGUUGAAGAGCAAGGAAUUGACAUCUAAAAUCAAUGAAACAACGGUGGUGUUGAAUCUCUGCGUCCAAGUAUUGGAAAUCACCAACAGAAUCCAUGAGUUGAUCAAACAAAACAAAUAUUUCAGUGCCUUGAAGUUGUUAGAUGAGUUAGCCAAUAUCCAUUUACCUAAAGUCGAGAAUUUCAGCUUUGCUAAAAAGAUAUAUGACUCGCUUCCUUUGAUGAGGAGAACCAUCAAAGAUGAAUCUUUUGAUAAUUUGUGCAAGUGGUUGACUGUCAACGUCGAGAAGAAGCUAUAUGAUAUUGGAUUAGGAUUAUUUGUGAAUAUGGCAGACAUACAUGAAAGAUGGCAGCAGAUAGUUAAGAAGAAUGGUUCAACAUUCUUCUCACACCGAGUAAAUUCUCCCGUUGAAAUAUCCAUGAGAGACCCGUCACUAAAUUACAACAUCUUGAGUGAUCCCGAACUAAAAAUCAAUCUUUCCACCGUUUAUUAUGCUAUUUUGGCCUUUCAAACCCUUAAUGAAGAUGAUACUUUAUCCAAGCUCUACAAUAGAGAAUGGUUGAAGAAGUACAAUAGAGUCAUAUAUCCCAUAACUUCGUCCGUCAGGACGCUGAUGGUUGCAAGUGCCAAAUUUAAUGACCAGGUCGCUGAAUUUCAAGAUUUGGCAAGUUUAGAUGAGUACUUGAAGAAGAUAAGUGGCUUUUUUGUUAUCGACAAGCAAAUAAAUUUGUCUACGAAGUUCGAAAUUAGGACUUCCAAGCAAUCGGAUGACCUUUGGGAAUCAUAUGUUACCAAAUUAAAGCCUGUAUUAUUGCAUUUUCUCAAAACCCAUCCUUUCAAUAUUGACGAAUUGGAACAGUUUAAGGACCUCAUAGGAAAUUUCAUGCAAAUCAUGGAAAACAGUGAGUACAAAAUUAUAGAGUUGUACGAUGUGUUGAUUAUUCUCGUCAAAGAUUACCUUGCUGAUGAAUUAAUACAGCAGUUCAGAUACGAUUUCCUUACUUCUAUUCAGUCAGAUCAUUAUAUGCCUUUGGUAGUCCAAGAGAAAAAGGACUAUGAAAGUGUCACGCAAAUAUGUUGGUACAAAGAGGAUGCUCCAUUUGCUCCCAGGCAUGUCAAGAAAUUACCAAUCAGCUUUCCAUUUAGUGAAGAUUAUGUCCACUUCUGUUUGGGUAUACGGUCCUUAAUGGAAGACAUCAUUCAGUUUGUCAAAGAUUUCUAUGGAUACGAACUCAACGAAUUGAACAAUAUUAUAGUCGAGCAAAUAUUCGAACGUGUAUUGGGAGAUGAGAAAGGUGUUGGUAUAGUAUACGACUUGAGAGAUUUCAUUACCAAAAACUCAAGUAACAAAGAGAUAUUAUCGCAGAGUUAUACCAAUUUUGAGUAUUACUUGUUCAGCCUUUAUGAAUUGGGCAAGUUGAUCAACAGACGGUUGAAGCUCUAUAAUGGAAUUGGUUUGAACAAUGUAGAUAUCAAUGGGACUUUGAGCUUGAGAUCAAAGGACUUAUUUACCCAGUUGAGAAAGUACGCUGAAGAAUCCAUUUUCAAAAUGGUUGAUGAUAAAGUUAAUGAGUUAUUGGAUAUGGUGGAAUAUGAUGACUGGUACCCCAGAAUUGCAAACAGAGAGCCUCAUUUCUCCAUCAAGGAUUUUGCACUCUUCUUGGAGAACUUGUUCACCUCAAUCUUCACCAAUCUUCCUCUGACAUUUAGAACCCUCGGGUUAUUCAGAAGUUAUGAUUUCAUUGCCCAACACUUUUUGAAUAUCUUAAAGGAAGCUGAGGGCUAUAACCAUAUAGCCAUCGACAACUUUGACUUAGAUGUUCGUCAUUUGGAGUCGUCUAUCCAAGCUUUAUCACAACACGAUGAUUCGGACCCCAAUGAAGGAGAAGGAUUGGUUUCUUUGCAAUCCACAUUUACUGAGUUACGUCAAUCCAUCGAUUUAUUGAAGUUGGAUAACUACGAAGACUUCAAGAAGAAUCCUUCCUUCAGAACCAGAAAGUUUGACCGGGUCAAAUACGAAGACGGGGUCAAGUUAAUCAAUAAAAUGCUAGUGACAGAAGAAGACAAUAUUUCAACUUUAUCAGCCAAUGAAGAAAGUUUCAACUCUUCUGCCCAGAGCCUUGACCAACAAUCAACAUUGUCCAACUCUACCACUGCCAAGUUCGCCAAGUUCAGUAAUAGGUUCAGAAAUAACGUGUAAUGUGCUAUGUCCAAAUAUAAGUAUAUAAAUAUCACCUUGACUUCCACAAGAAGCUAUACCAGCUCUUCUCAUUGCGUAUCUUAGUUUCAUCAAUUAUAGACUGGAUCUUUUCCUCCAAAACCUUUUCUUCUCGCAGAAGAAUCUUCUCUUCUUCAUCGUACUGGUCGAUCAAAGCAAUGAUAUGAAGCACCAUAUACGUGGAAGAUGCUAUAAGAAAUGUGUGAAGUAAUGGGUUCUUGAAUUGGCUCAAAUUAGGCUUUUCAUGGACAAUCUCGUUUGCAGCUUGGGGAAAUUUAAUGCUUGAAUAAUUCCUUACACCAACACUUCUCGAUAUCGCCUGACGGUUUAGUAAGGGUAUUACCGGUUUGGUCCACAUCAUUAAGGUGUUUCGACGUAAGGGUUGAUCAAGUCACAAACUUUAGUUCCUGUACGAAUAUUCGCGCGAAAAUCGUGAGCGAAGGUGGCGAUUUAAACUCAUUCCCACUUGUACAACUACAACUCACUCAGAUGUUUAGAAACAAUUACGACAACGACUCGGUCACCUACUCGCCAACAGGACGGUUGUUCCAAGUGGAAUAUGCGUUGGAGGCCAUCAAGCAGGGAAGUGCCGCUGUGGGAGUAGCUUCCAAAACCCAUGUUGUGUUGGUGGGAUUGAAGAGAAACGCGGAAGAAUUGGGAUCUUACCAAAAGAAGUUGAUCAAAAUCGACAACCAUAUGGGUGUGGCGUUGGCUGGAUUGGCCCCAGAUGCCAGGGUGUUGACCAAUUUCUUGAGGAAACAAGCAAUGAAUUCCAAGUUAGUUUUCAACAGACCUUUACUGACAUCUUCUGCGGUUUUGUCCAUUGCUGAUAAAGCUCAAGAGAACACCCAAUCGUAUGGAUCCAGACCUUAUGGUGUUGGAUUAUUGGUUUCUGGAUACGAUGAAACUGGUUCCCAUUUAUACGAAUUCCAACCUUCUGGAUCGGUAUUGGAAUAUUAUGGCGCUUCUAUCGGUGCAAGAUCUCAAGCCGCUAGAACUUAUUUGGAGAAAAACUUGGAAAAGAUUCGUGAGUCGGCAUCAAUGGAAGAGUUGAUAGUGCACGGUUUGAAUGCCUUGAGAGACACCUUAUCCCAAGACGUGGAGUUAACUUUCAAGAAUACUUCUGUCAGUGUGGUUGGAAAAGACACAAACUUCACUGUGUACGAAGACGAAGACGUUCAACAGUGGCUAGACAAGUUAGAUUCCGUGACCAAUUCCUCCAACAGAAAUGAUGAAGAUGAAGAAGAGGAUGCAGGUGCUGCUGCCGAAGCUGAAGGUAAUGAUGCUGGAAAUCAAGAUACUACCGAAGAUAGAAUGGAAACCGACGAAUAAACCGGCUCAAAAACAUGUCUUUAGAAUUAUCUUGUAUAGUAGUGACCACACAACAUAUCAUAAUUUAAUGAAUAAAAAUCAGUUCACACAAAGUCAAUCUGGUAUUCGAGUUAUAUACAUAUAUACAAGUUCACGAAGAAAGCCUAUUCCUUCUUAGUUUUCUUUUGAAGUUGUUGCUGCUUAAUUGCAACCUUUUGGAUUGCUGCCAAGCAAACCUUUUGCAAUUCGUUAACAUCGUUUCUGAUUUCUUGGGGAUCGUGGAUGAUAUUCCGUUCUCUAAUAUCGUCGAUUUUGACUCUCAAGUCUUUCACCAUCUGAACUAUAACCAGUUUCUCCUCUUGCUCCAUGAAAUCAUCAAAUUGGAUCAAUGCAUUG